GGGGAAGUUCUUCUCCAAUUGUCUCAUUUGAAAAGGACCAAGAAAUCAACCCCUCCCUCUCUCCUUUUCUUCCCUCCCUCCCUCCUUCUCUCCCUCCCUCCCUCCACUCGUCCUCUCUCUCUCCCUCUCUGUCCUUCUCUCCAUCCCCUCCCCCGUGACAGAGCACACCUGCCUGAUCUUGGCUGCAGGCGUCCACACAGCGAUUAUCCCUCGGCCUGCCGCGCUGCACAUCGGCUCCAGCCCCUCUCUGGAUUUGCGGAUCUUCGUCUGCAGCUCUACAAGCUCCUGUACGUGCAGGCCUCCAUUAGCAACAUGAAAUCGGCCUGUCUCUCCCUGCUUUUGGUGUCCGUUUGCUGGGCUCUGCCCUUCCGUCAGUCUGGCUUCAUGGACUUCAUGAUGGAGGACGAGCCGGGCUCAGGCUCUCCCAUGCCUCCAGUUCGUAAACCACCUGUUCAGACGCCUCCUCCAAUGCUACCCGAGGUACCUGAUGAACAUAUCUGCCCGUUCCGGUGCCAGUGCCAUCUGCGAGUGUCCCAGUGUUCUGAUCUAGGUUUGAAGAACGUUCCAGAAAAAAUUUCACUUGAUACCACUCUCCUGGAUUUGCAGAACAACAAGAUCUCAGAGAUCAAAGAAAACGACUUCAAAGGCCUGAAGAGUCUCCAAACACUCAUCCUGGUCAACAAUAAGAUCACCAUCAUUCAUGCCAAGGCCUUUUCUUCUCUGAUCAAUUUGGAGAGACUGUACCUGUCCAAGAAUCUCCUGAAGGAUGUUCCCGCUAACAUACCGAAAAGCCUGCAGGAGCUGCGCAUUCACGAGAACCAGAUUAACAAGAUAAAGAAGUCCUCCUUUGCCGGCAUGGCCAAUGUCAUCGUCAUGGAGCUUGGCUCUAACCCUCUGAGUAGCUCUGGAGUUGAUAAUGGUGCCUUUGCUGAUCUGAAGAGGGUUUCUUACAUCCGAAUUGCUGACACCAACAUCACUUCCAUUCCCAAAGGCCUGCCCAGCUCUCUUUUUGAACUUCACUUGGAUGGAAACAAAAUCACUAAAGUGACUGCAGACAGUCUGAAGGGCCUCAAGAACCUGUCCAAACUGGGUCUGAGCCACAAUGAGAUCAGCGUGGUGGAGAACGGCUCUCUGUCCAACAUGCCUCACCUGAGGGAACUUCACCUGGACAAUAACAUGCUGACUUCAGUCCCGUCCGGCCUGCCAGAACACAAAUAUAUUCAGGUGAUCUACCUUCACGCCAACAAGAUUGCUGCUGUGGGAACAGAGGACUUCUGCCCACCCGGCUAUAAUACAAAGAAGGCCAUGUACUCAGGCAUCAGCCUGUUCAGUAAUCCAGUGCCCUAUUGGGAGGUCCAGCCCAUCACCUUCCGCUGCGUCUUUGACCGCUCAGCCAUUCAACUGGGCAACUACAGAAAGAAAUAGAGCGUCCAAUCAGACAGCUUAGUCACUGUUUUCAUCCCGCCCCUUCCUGUCUGACCUAUUCCUUUCAAGCACAUAAUUUAGUCUGAAUCUCAUAUCUCCAAAUAAACUACAAUCCCAUCUUCAACAUGCAGAUUACUGGACAGAUAUUCAAAUAACCAAAUGCAUAUCAGUAUUGUAUUGAACGUACAGUAUUGCAUUGGAAGUGCAGAGGAGAACAGAAAAUGUAUGAUUUUGAAAAAUAAAGAAAGUAAAGCCAUGACCACUUAGAAUAUCCAAUAGCGCACAUCACCCAGAUAAUGAAAUGGUCUAGGUCACUUUGGAUCUUCUGGACCUAAGCCAUGUUCUUCUAUGUUCUUCGCUGGCCUGCAGAGCGGGCAGCAAGGGGUUAACACAUGUCAGCCAGUGCCAUUAACAAGAGCUUGUAUGCUAGAAUGUAUUCAGUUAUUACUUUCCGUGUAGCGCUAGUUCAGAUUGUGCUGUUAAAAGUAAAAAAAAAAAAAAAAAAAUCAUGCCUUUUCUCUCAUAAUCAAUUGAAGUGGGAGAAAACUGUUCAAGAUUCCCUUCGUCUCAAUUCAGAUGCUUCGGUGGCAUUUGUGUUCAUUAGUUUCCUCAGAUCCCAUCAGCUCUAGCCAGGUGAACAUAGCGCUUCGAGAUGUAGAAUAAACUAUGUUGUCUUUACGAUGAAUGCAAUUCCCGAACCUAUAGGCUACGCAUGCUUUUUCUACUCUGGUGACUGCCGUGUUAAAUGCGAGCUUGUACAUGUGUUUCUUUCCUCUAUUUUCGUGUUUAUUGGUCGUCUGUGUUUCAGUCUGGAAGGAUCGUGAGGGACACGGCAGACAUGGACACCUCCUGCUUUCAUGAGAGUCAUGAAUGUCUCUUGUAUAGACGCUGUAUAUAAAUGCUGUAUAAAAGAAUCCUAUCAAUGCUUUGAAGCACAAGCACUUACAGUAGUUUGGACUUUAAUAUAUCGGCAAUAAAGGUAAUCCCUUUCUUCUCUCUC